UAACAGCCGGUGCACACGGACGUAUUUUGACAGUGCCGUAACGUUGAAAACCCGACGUGCGAUGAUGGCUUGGCUGCAACGACAUUUCGACGUUCCGCCGGAGAAGCGGUACAGUAGAUUAUAUCAUUGAGUGCACACGAGCGACGGAAAGCAGUGUGUUGAAAAUGACGGACGCUGAUAUAGACACUGAAGUAUUGAUUGAAGAGAUUUUUGACAAGUCGUGGCAACGGGGUUUGAGCGAAGCAGUGGUUCGACGUGGCAAAUGUGGAAUGCUCAAGUUUGACCGGCAGCCGACGAUGCUGGGUGGUGAGCGCCCUACACUGACAGCGCUGUUGAUACGGCUCCUACGGUAGCGAUGGCGCUGAUUUCAUAAUACGCAGUUCGACGGCGUUUUUUUUG